AUGAUUGGCAACGACAGAACGUCUUUAUUGAAAAUUCAAUUCACGACACAAAAUGACAAGGAAAAGUUUGAGUUGAAUGUUAAACCUUCCAUACCAGUGAGUAUCAAGAAAGGUCGUGCUGUUGAAUUUACUACUGUUGACAUCACUUGUUCAGUCUUAAACAUCAACAAAGGCAAAAUAUCAGAGAUAAAAAUUCCAGUCAAAUUUGCGUCAGAAAUGUCGACAGCACUUGACCCAGACGAGUUGAAAAAAGUACGAAAACUCAGAGAAGGAAGCUUUGGGAUUGUGUUCAAAGGAACAUAUCGAGGAAAUGUUGUUGCCAUCAAAGAGAUGAAGGAAAUGGUUGUCGCCACUUAA